AUGGAGAAGUUGUUUGAGGAUAACUACACCGUUGGCUGGGUCGCCAUUGUUGGGCCUGAGAUCGCUGCCGCAAAAUUACUCCUUGAUGAUGAGCAUGAACGCAUAGCUGUUGCCCGUGGCGACGACAAUGGCUAUAUCCUAGGCGAAAUAAGUGGCCAUAAUAUUGUUCUUGCAUUCCCGCCCUCAAAGGUCGGUGUCGGUGGCGGUGUUCCCAAGCCUCCAAACUGGACGAACCCACGACUUGAUAUUCGUCUUGGGGAUGUCGUGGUUGGCAAACCAGAGGGAAGCCAUAGCGGUGUAUGUCAAUUUGACAUGGGGAAACGGGUGGGACUUAAUCAACUCGACAUCAAGUAUCACCUAAAUAGGCCACCAAACUUCCUAUUAACAAGUGUAGAGACACUUAGAUUAGACCAAGCCUUCAAUGGGGGGGAAAUGCGACGUUACAUAGAAGACGCAAUUGAGAAGGCUAAAGACCUUGAAAGACUUGAAAAUCCUGAGUUCCCAGGAAGGAACAAAGACCAACUCUUUCAGAGCACAUAUAGCGAUGAAUGUCAAAAUGACUUACCGGCAUACCAACUGGGCCAAACGAAAACCCCGACCGCGCCUCUAACUGUUGAGCGGAAGGACCGAAAAAACAAUCACCCCUCUGUUCACUAUGGGCUCAUUGGCUCUGGUAACCAAGUUAUUAGGUCUGCGAGCUUCCGAGACAUGCUACGAGAUACGCAUAAUAUUUUGUGUUUUGAAAUGGAGUCUGCGGGCUUGAUGAACAAUUUCCCAUGUCUAGUAAUUCGCGGCAUAUGCGAUUAUUCAGACAGCCAUAAAACUAAGGUUUGGCAGCCAUAUGCAGCAAUUACCGCAGCAGCUUAUGCGAAGGAUCUGCUAAGGGUUAUAGGACCUUAUAAGGUCAAGGAAGAGAGGGUCCUUGUCGAGUUGGUUCAGCAGUUGCGGCUAGAAUUUCAGAGGAAAAUUGAUUAGACGGGGGCGUAACGGCCGGAGAAGGUCUAAUGGAAUAAGAAAUCUAAAGAAUUGGUAGUUAGUGAUUUAUGUCUCAGUGUCGGGAAGUCAAGGUUUUGUUCUACUCGGUUCCUUACAUCAAUGGAAGUCUGUGGCA